CUAAUCUGGAACGAAAAGGUCAAAAAGAAAGUGGCAAGACUGGUUAUAAGAUGGGUACGAUGUUGGGAGUGCUGCUUUCUGUGUUGUUCACUUUUGGUUUGAUCCAUUCAGAUGGCAUUGGCAGAACAGAAAAGACUCCCAUUGGUCCAGGAGUUCCCAGAGAUAUUAACACAACUGACUCUGGAGUUCAAAAUGCCACCCUGAUUGCAAUCUAUGGCUACAACAACCAAUCGAAUGACAUCUUCCUGUUUAAAGUUCAUAGAAUACAUAAAGCACAGUUACAGAUUGUUGCUGGACUGAAGUAUUUUCUAAACGUUGAUAUUGGAAGAACAGUAUGUCGUAAAGGAAAACCAUAUAACUUCAAGAACUGCUCAUUUGAAACACGGCCGCCAUUGAAUAAGAGAUUGACUUGUCAUUUUGAAGUCUGGAUUGCUUCUUGGAAACAGAGUUGGAAAGUGAUUGCUCUAAAUUGCCAGUGAAGUCCCAAGGACUGUUUUCUCCUUCCCUGGCCCACAGUUUGAAGGCUUUCUACAGGGGUACUCUCCUAUUUCACAUUUUCUCUUUGCUGUCUGAAGUGUUGAGGAGAAGACCCAGUUUCCUGCACAAUUCAUGAGGAGUUCCUCCUUGGAGGACCUUGGAGAAUAUGUCUGCUGGUAUUGGAAGCAGUGCACUCAGUUUUUGCAAUAGCAUUCCUUGCUUUAAUGAUAUUAAUCGCCUUAUUUCAAAUGGGUUAACAGCAGUGUUAAAUAAAAAAUAAUUGCAUUUAUUUCACAAGCUCAGGGUAUCCCAAAGGGCUUUACAUUGCAACAAAGGGUUUUUUAAAUGUAGCCACUGUUGUAUCAUCAGAAUUGUGGCAACCAAUUUGUGCAGUCUCCUGAACAUCAAUGCGAAAACGAUCAAAUAAUCUGCUUGCCCGUUCUUCUUCAAAAUAAAGAAAGAGGAUCUUUAACAUCAAUCUAAGAGGGCAGACGAGGCCUCAGUUUAACAUCUCGUCAGAAAGACAGCACCUCUAACAAUGCAGCACUCAAUACUGCACUGGGAGUGUCAACCUGGAUUAUGUUCUCAAACGCCUGGAGUGGGAAUUGUACCCACAACUGUCUGUCUCUGAGAUAGAAGUGUCACCCAUUAAACCAGAAGUAACGGUCAACAAAAGCCAUGUACAAGUGGCUGCUUGUAUGAUCUGGUAGUAUCAAAUAUAGUCUUAUGUUACCACUCAAGAGGAAUUUCUGCCCCAGAAAAUGCUGGAAAUCCACAAUUCAAUCAAGAUCUUUAAAGGAUACAUCUGAGCAUUGGGCUCCCUUUCUGUUACCCGAAGCUGACUGGCCCUGUGUAUGCUCAAUAUUUUUGGAUAUGCUCUCUUUUACUUACAUGGAGUUUUCAAAGCUGGUAAAGUUACAAAGGUUCAUGAAGGUAUUCAUAAGGUGUUAGCCAUGGCUCAAUGAUGACACUCUCUUGCCUCUGAAUCUGUAGGUUGUGGGUUCAAGUCGCACUGCAGGGAGGUGCAUUAUCAGAGCGACCGUGGUUCAGGUGAAAAAGGAAACUGAGGCUUGUCUGUCCUAUUGCAUGGUUUUAAAAGAUCCAAUGUUCCUAGUUUGAAGAAGAGGAGCAGAGUGCUUCCUAUUGUCCUGCAAGUAUUUAUCCCUCAAUCAACAUCGCUAAAACAGAUUAUCUGUUCACCAAGAUAAAAGCAAAAUACUGUGGAUGCUGGAAAUCUGAAACAAAAACAUAAACAAAAAUACCUGGA